ACAGAAAUGUCCUUGGUGUGUUUGGCAGACUUUCAGGCACAUGCACGGGAGCGUCUAUCAAAAUCAACUUGGGAUUUUAUUGACGGAGGAGCUGAUGAUUGCUUCACAAGGGAUGACAACAUUGCAGCAUUUAAAAGAAUCCGUCUCCGCCCACGGUUUCUAAGAGAUGUGUCAGAAGUGGACACCAGGACCACGAUCCAAGGGAAGGAGAUCAGUGCCCCCAUUGGCAUCGCACCAACAGGUUUCCACUGCCUCACCUGGCCAGAUGGAGAAAUGAGCACAGCCAGAGCUGCCCAAGCAGCUGACAUCUGCUAUAUCACUAGCACAUAUGCCUCCUGCAGCUUUGAAGACAUUGCUACUGCUGCCCCAAGAGGCCUCCGAUGGUUCCAACUCUAUGCACAGCCAGACCGGCAGUUAAACAAACAGCUAAUUCACAGGGCAGAAUCCCUGGGUUUCAAAGCUUUAGUAAUCACUGUGGAUGUGCCCGUAGCUGGCAACAGGAGACAGGACAUUCGAAACAAUUUGGACUUGAAGACAAACUUAUUGCUAAAGGAUCUUCGAUCUCCUAAAGAGAGAAAUCCAACACCUCGUCUCCAGAUGACUCCUGUUGACCCAUCCAUCUGUUGGAAUGAUCUCUCUUGGUUCCAGAGCAUAACUCAAUUGCCCAUCAUCCUUAAAGGGAUACUGACUAAAGAAGAUGCAGAGUUGGCAAUGAAGCACCAUGUCCACGGCAUUAUUGUUUCCAACCAUGGUGGGAGACAGCUAGAUGAAGUCGCCGCAUCAAUCGAUGCCUUGACAGAGGUCGUGACUGCCGUGCAAGGGAAGAUUGAAGUAUACCUGGACGGUGGCGUUCGAACUGGCAAUGAUGUGCUAAAAGCCCUAGCACUUGGAGCAAAGUGCGUUUUUAUUGGCAGACCCAUCCUUUGGGGUCUUGCCUAUAAGGGUGAACAUGGUGUUCAGGAAGUUUUGAACAUCUUAAAAAAGGAGUUUCGCACAUCCAUGACCCUUACAGGUUGCCGGUCAAUUGCUGAAAUCAACCAGAACCUGAUUCAAUUCCCCAGGUUGUAA